GUGUGGGUGGAUGGAGAGGAGGCGCUGGCGGGUAUGGUUUCGGAGCUGGAGGCAGCUGAGGAGCUGGCGGUGGACCUGGAGCACCAUUCGCACCGGUCGUUCCAGGGCUUUACUUGCCUAAUGCAGAUUUCCACGCGUACAACGGAUUAUGUGGUGGACACUCUGGCGCUCCGGAACCAGCUGGGACCUGCCCUUGCACGAGUAUUCGCUGACCCGCGGGUCGUCAAGGUAUUCCACGGCGCGGACAGCGAUGUGGAUUGGCUGCAACGGGACUUCAGUUUGUUCCUGGUCAACAUGUUCGACACGGGUCAGGCGGCACGGGUGCUGGGAUUGCCCUCGUUCGGUCUGGCGUACCUGUUGGAGAGCAUAUGCGGGGUGCAGGCUGAUAAGCGGUACCAGAUGGCGGACUGGCGAGUGCGGCCUCUGAGCCCGCCGAUGCUGCACUAUGCCCGAUGUGACACACAUUACUUGCUGUACGUGUACGACAAACUGAGGGAGCAGCUGGCGGCCUUGCCGGACCAGCGGGUGAGCUCUCUGUUGGUUAUCAUAGUUUUGGGUGUAUGUGGCUGGGGGUGA